GGGGGGGAGAGAGAGAGAGGGACUGCCGUGCCAUGCCAUGAUGGCCGGUGUGGCAUCAUCGUAGGCGGUUAAAGGGAGGACACGGCUCGCUCCUCCGGAAAGAAGCUGCCGGCUCUGCUUUGCGACCUCUCUCUUUCUUCCCUUUCUUUCCUUCCUUCCUUCCUUCGGUGGCCGCUUUUCGGUCCGUCUUUUCUCCGUCGGCUUUGGGGUGGGGGGAAAGAAAUGAUGCGAGGUUCCGUCCAUGCCUGCCUAGAUGCUGCGCCCGCUCCUCUUUAGUACUACUACUACUGCCUGCGGUUUGAGCUGCGGUGGCGGGGGAAAGGGCGGGGGUGAAGGGAGGUGGGUAGGGUAGCCGUGCUCCUCCUGGUGAUUCGCUCGGUGCCUCUCAUGGUCUGAUGUGCUGAGGUUUUGAGGUGAUUCCGCUCUCGUUUUGCUCGGUGGUCUCCGGGGAGCUGCUGAUUUGGUGGAGGAUUGGGGGGCGUCUGCCCGUGGCCGGAGCCGAGGAGGAUUGCGGUGUUGGGGGAGCAGCUACAGGAGAGGUGUCUAGGUGUAUGAACUAGUGCUGCUUCUGCAGCCACCCCAGGACUCACUGGUCAUAAGCUUCCUACGAAGCAUGGCAGAGUUCAAGGUUGGAAGCCUUGAUGCCCGAGCGACAAAGUUCAGAACCGUCCCGAUUGCUGUCACCCCGGAAGGGUUCUGGUGCUGCCCAUCACAGACCGUGCUCCAGAAGACAGUGAAGAACCAAAACCAGCACACAAGGCCUAAAGUGGGCGCAUCCCCUCCUGCGUCAAAGGCCUCCUCGGUCCAGAGGGCGCCGACUAUCUCGUCGGAGAGAAGAACUCAUUCAACUCCAACAAGGGCUAGAGCUAAUUCAGAUGAGCAAAGAUGCCCGCCGGCGGACAGUGCCGCCCCCAAUCCACCAAAGGUAGCGAGUGAGAGGCCACAGAAGCAACAUAAGAUAUCUGUUGGGUUUGGUCAGAUUGAGAUGAGUGACUUGAGAAUUGUGCUGUAUGGCAAGGAUGGGGUUGCUGUAAAAAUGAGUGUGCACAAGAACAUUCUUGCUGAAAAUAGCAGCUUCUUUGCUGAUAAGCUAUCAAGGCAAUCUCCAGUGUCCAGCAUAGAAGUGCCUGAUUGUGAAGAUGUGGAGAUUUAUGUUGAGACUGUUGGCUUGAUGUACUGCAAUGAUGUCAAGCAGAGGUUGAUCAAGCAAAGUGUUCCACGCGUACUUCGGAUCUUGAAGGUUGCAGAGUUAUUGAGUUUCCGAGCAUGUGUUCUGUCCUGCUUGAAUUACUUGGAAGCGGUCCCUUGGGCUGGGGAAGAAGAGGAGAAUGUGGUCUCAUCUGUUCGGCAUCUUCAGACCGAGGAUUAUGGUGUCACCCCAAUACUGAAGAGGGUUUGCUCUGACCUAACGAGCCCACCAAAUGACACGUUUGUGCGUAUCAUAGAACUAGUCUUGAAAAGCAGUGAUGACAGAGGGAGGCGCGAGAUGAAAUCCUUGGUGCUCAAGCUUCUCAAGGAGAGCAGCAGCAGUGCCAGUAGCUCUGCUGACCUGUGUGUUGACACUCUCUACCGCUACUGCCAGAAUUGCCUGGAGUCCUUGCUGACCCUGUUUCAACGAGCAUCUGACAAUGAUUUCUCUGAGCAGCCUCUGGAGCUGAAGGAAUCGGUUCUUCGGCAGAUUACUCUAGAAGCGGAUAAUCUCCUGUGGUUAACUGAGAUUUUGGCUGGUAGGAAUGCUGCAGAAGAAUUUGCAGGCUUGUGGUCUAACCAACGUGAGCUAGCCGGGCUUCACUCCAAGUUACCGACCAAGUCGCGCCACCUUGUGAGCUGCGUCACUGCGAGGCUCUUUGUGGCCAUUGGGAAAGGCGAGAUGCUCCCGUCCAAGGACACCAGGCAGCUCCUCCUGGAUGUCUGGCUGCAGCCUCUCAUGGAUGACUACAACUGGCUGCAACACGGUUGCAGGUCGUUCGACCGGACCGUCGUCGAGGAAGGCAUCGGGUCAACGAUCCUUACGCUGCCGUUGGAGGAUCAGCAGGCAAUACUGCUCUCGUGGCUCGGGAGCUUCCUCAAGGUCGGUAACAGUUGCCCCAACCUGCAGAAGGCGUUUGAGGUGUGGUGGAGGAGGACCUUUGUGCGGCCUUACGUCGAGCAGCAGGGGAGCCGGUCGCAGUCGGGUCGGAGCUGAGAUCUCCGUUGGCUUGCGCAGGGAAGCUAUCGUGCACCAUUUCGUAAGUAGAACAUCGCUGAAAAAGGUUUAGUCAUAUAAGUUGAUUUGUGUGAGGCUUGAGAAUAUGUUUGUGGGUGCUUCGGUUCUUCGCUGACACGUGAAGCUCUCCGAAUUCUGGCUUACGGAAUGUCUUUGUCUGAUGUGCUGCUUACUUACCACGGGGCAUCAGUUUGUUGCAUUGUGUUUUGUUGCUACGACAUUGUGCGGUCGUAGUGACACUGUAUUAUUGCGGCUCACAUGUAGAAACAGAAUUGCCUGUGAUGCAAUUGUAAAUAUUUUGCUGGGACGUACUAUUUGUGAUGUUAUCUGAGAUUUGGGAGAGGGUAUUUUGAA